GUGGCCUGGAUACGAAUCGGCUGGUCGAUUCAGCGUGGGGCGGGGGGGCAGAGGAGACGUCAGCGCGGCCUGGGGAGCCUCGAGCGCAACCACAACAACCACCACCACCACAAACCAACAGGGUCAUCCACAACUAUCACCACAGUCUCAAUCAUCUCAACCAAUACCACAGUCACCACUACAGUCGAGACAUCCACAGCCGCGACCACUGUAGCCACCACCGUAACCGGCGCUGCGCGUCUGUGGGAGGCGCCGCCCCGGAACGUCGCCCCGGGCGAUGCGGCGCUACACGGCGCGGGUUUAACCCCGCGGGGACAGGAGGAGCAGGAGGCCGCGGCCGCCCGGGCACAGCGAUACCGGCCCCAACUGACCCGCCUCGGCCCGACUCGGCCCAGGCCUCGGCUCCCAUCCGCGGGCCGCGCGGGCCCCGUGAUGCCGGGAGGGACGCGGCUCGGGGCGGCGCGGCCCGGGCCCCGCUGCUGCUGCUGCUGCUGAGGGAGCUGAGAGGUCCCGGGGCCCGAGGCGCGGGCAGUGGGGACACAGCGACGGGGGUUGAUGUCGGCCGAGCGAGCCGAUUGUGGUGAGGUGGCUGGCGAGGUCAUGCUGCGCUUCCUGUGCCCCGGCGACGUGGACGCCGUGAAGCAGCUGUGCAGCGACUGGUUCCCCAUCGAGUACCCGCACUCGUGGUACCAAGACAUCACAUCGAGCGCACGGUUCUUCUCCCUGGCCGCCACCUACGCUGGCACCAUCAUCGGCAUGAUCGUCGCUGAGAUCAAGCACCGGACUAAGGUGCACCGUGAGGAUGCGGACGUGCUGGCGUCCAGCUUCCCCAGCGACACGCAGGUCACCUACAUCCUCAGCCUGGGCGUCGUCAAGGAGUUCCGCAGCCGGGGAAUAGGCUCACUUCUGCUCGACAGCCUCAUGGCUCACAUCGAGGCGGCAACGCAGGACCGCUGCAAGGCGGUGUACCUGCACGUACUCACCACCAACGCGCCAGCCAUCCGCUUCUACGAGAACCGCAGCUUCCGACAGCACCACUACCUGCCCUGCUACUACUCGAUCCGCGGCGUGCUCAAGGACGGCUUCACUUACGUGCUCUACCUCAACGGAGGGCACCCACCCUGGACAAUCGUCGACUACAUGCAGUAUGUGGGUUCGGCGCUGGCAAGCCUCCGGCCCUGCUCGCUACCCCAGAGGCUGCUCCGCCAUGCGCAGGGCCUUCUGCGCAGCCUGCUGCCCUGGCGGAGCCUGCCCGACAAGCCUGUCACCGACUACAGCCGCGCCCUGUGACGGAUCUCCAUGCUGAGGCUGCCGUUUCCACGGUGGAGCUCUGCACUGCGCCUGAAAAUCAACAACGGCUUGAAUUUCUGGACGUAUGUUUUUUUGAACACCCUUUUGGAAACAUUCUGGGUUGCGCUCCCCAUCCCCUGGCGGGACGAGUGGAAUUUGAGCCUUCGCGCCCUGGCGCGGGUUUCAACCACGAGACAUCACGAGGCACGAAGGAGGAGGCAUGCGACUCCAAAACUAGUUGGGAUGUUUAAGACCAGGAGACGAAGGGGACACUGGUGAAUGGGGAUGCCACCCCCUUCAAACAUCCUUCACUAGACACUCCACCUCCCUCACCACCCUGUUUUGCUUCCAAGCCUGACCGUCACCGUGACAAGCACACGGCUUCACAGUGCCUCCCUACCGGGCAUUCUGGCCGGUGUGCGCACGCUUCACCGCGUGUCCCACGUCGGAGCUGGGAGCGUUGCUGAUCGCCGUUGGGACCACGCUGUGCGUUUUUAGGACAAUGGAGGGAAACGGCUUGAAUGCGUGGAGGAUGCGGGUGACGCUCGUCAGCCUCGCCAGCCUCGCGACGCAACGUUUGCCACCCUUGCAUUUAAAUCCAAUGUUGGCAGCAGGCAUCUUUCAUAAGAUGAAUAAUAUUGGUCGCGAAAGCCUACAUGUUAAGCAGGCAUCUUGCUUGCGAGGACGUUCCCCGUAGGCCAUGGCGUGCAUGUGGCUUGGUAAGCUGUGCGUUAAGUAUUGAAUAUUUGAAUGCCAUGUGAGCACCCUUGCCUGCGGUUACUGCAUGAUCGUUGCAAUAAAUCAUGGCCUGUACAUAUACAAUGCCUGCACAUCCACUUGAACCGAAGUGGUAAUGAUCCGAGUUGUGUUUCCUGGCAUAAUGAUGCUCCAAUCCGCAGCAAGCUCUGGCCUGCAGUGUUCUCUGACCUGAAGCGGGCUCCGGCCUGCGAAGAGUUCGGGCCUGCAGCGGGCCCCGACCUGCAGCAAGCUCCGGCCUGUGGCAAGUCCCGACCUGCGGCGGGCCCCGGCCAUCGGCAACCUCUGGCUCCUGCAGCGGGCCUCGGCCUGCAGUGGGCUCUGGCCUGCAGAGGUCUCUGGCCAUUCAUAGCAGUGGGCACGAACUAUGCGUUUCACCCUGCUCCAGUUUUUACGGCCGGAUCGAUUUUAUGAACGUGUUAUCGUAUUUAUUAACAUAAAGUGCAAACUUUUAGAAGAGACAGCACCAUAACCGACUGCAUUUCAAACCUGUAACGAUAUCAAUAAAUGUUUACAAGCGCCAAGCGAGUGUGAGCACCGCACGAUGGGCGUAAGCUCUUGAACCAAAAGCCUGCAGCAGGGAGAUGGUGGCUCCACUGUGGUCGAUGCCUAUACUUUGUUUAAGAUAUAUUUAUGUUCUCUAACGUUACUCGUGAAAUAAAUAAUGGGAACGUCAC